AUGGGGCAAGAGAGUUCUGAGGGUGUCCCCGCUCCAACGCUUGUUACAUUGAGCAAGAAAAGCUUUGCCGCCUUGGACCAGGCGAUAGCUUACACUACGGACCACACCGACCCUGAUUUGAGAGUCACAUUGGAAGAUGAACGAGGGCGACUCAGAGUAUGGGCAUCGAAUCUGGGGGCUCUGCAGCAGGAAACCUCAAAAAAAUCCCUCGAUUAUCGGCUCAGAGAUGCACCUCUAAUGCGAACGACUGUUGCCUUGGGACUGGAGAAUCUGCAUGCUUCAGCCGAUAGAGCACUAGCUAUCAUCAAUGGCAGUGUACCAAACCGAUCAGCGGUACUUCCGUCAGAUGAUGGUGACACCAAGACUAUCAAUGAACUUGAUGAGCUUCUCGCUGGAGUUCAUUCAGCUAUCAAUCACCUGUUUGGGAUAUCCAUUCUGAUCAGGAAGCAACAGCCCAGGGGAAGACUCCUUAAUCUCGAUGAUUUCACUUUGGAGAGUUCACAGGACAUCACAUAUGUGGCUGACAGGUUCCCCAAAGCAAAGUCGAAUCUUUGGCUGGCAAGGCGGCUGGGUAAUAACAUAAGUAAGCAACGGAAGAUUAUUCAGUAUCGGCAAGAGCAUCGCGCAAGUCUCGCAAAGGAAUCUGAACAGCCUGGUGUCGGAGAUACAGCCACCGUCGUCGCUACUACCUAUCACGAGAUAGACAACCUUGAAUUAUCAGACCAGGUACCAAAGGGUGUUUCUAGUAGUGGUAUGUCAGCAUUCACGUCCGCAACGUCCUUUCAGAGUUUGGGGAACGAAGAAGGUAUGGGGCGCCCGAUUCCCGAUCUGUCAGACAUGACUCUUGAUGGGGUGCAACUUGAAUACGGGGAGCCGUUCGAGUGUCCGUAUUGUCGGACCAUACAGGUCGCGGCGAACCGGAGACAUGUCUUCACCGAUCUUCAACCGUAUAUGUGUACAAUCAAAGAUUGCAGAAGUGGUAACAAAUCAUUCUCAACUCGAAGUGAGUGGUUCGAGCAUGAAUCCACCGUCCAUCGUUGGCAGUGGGAGUGUAGCUGGUGCAACUCGCCCAAUAGCACGUUUCCCAGCUCCGAUGACUUCAAACGUCAUCUCAACAAGUCUCAUCCGGGAAUGGUGACAGAAGCUCAGAUGCCCUUGAUUGUCGAUGCGUGUGAGCGCCCUAUAAGAACGUUCAACUCCGGUAGCUGUCCGCUCUGUGAAGACUGGAAACCAAUGUCUGCAAACAACAAUGCAAAAGGGUUUAGUCGUCAUCUUGCCAGGCACCUACAGCAGCUUUCACUUGCGUCGAUACCAAUCUCAACCCCUGGCUUGGAGAUCAAAAUGAGCGACGACGCGUCCGAUGUUGGAGGCAGAUCAAGUAUGGAGUCUAUUGAUAAAGAGGAUCUACAGAAGAAUGCCCUCGCGCGUGGGAAUUCGGCGCUACUGUUUCUGGCGGCAAAAAACGGAGAUCAAGAUAUGAUCACAAGCCUACUAAAGACGGGCGUUGAUGUGAACAUGACAGACGAGAAGGGAAUAACACCACUGUCCUGGGCAGCCAAAAAUGGCCAUAGUGCUGUUGUCCGGAUACUUCUUCGCAGCGGUGCUGAUAUUGGGGCAAAUGAUGCUAAAACCUUUUUGACAUUGGCCGCUUUAGAAGAUAAUGGUGGCCCCAUUGUUUCAGCACAAGCGACCUCAAGCUCUACUAUACUUGACGAUACUAACCGUUGGUUAAAGAACCGACUGGCAGAAGUUGAAUUACAACCACAGCCGUAUAGACUGCAUCGACAGACAUUUGGGCAGCAGGUGGAACAAAGUGAAAUACUAUCACAGCAAGCGGAGAGGAAAAAGACUGCAGACGCUGUUGCAGCUGAGGAAGCCGCGCGGGAGGAGGCUUGGAAGGAGCUCGGAGCAAUGGUUGGAGAAGGAACUAAAGCUAAACGCGGGGAACUUGAGAGAGGAGCCGAGCAGGGUAAAAUCCGAUUCACAGAUGCAGUCGGUCGCAAAUUCAUGUUCCCAUUCCAUCUUUGCGCCACCUGGCAGGGCAUGGAGGAUCUUAUUAAACAAGCAUUCGUGCAGGUUGAUGUGCUUGGGCCUCAUGUAAUGAAGGGCCAUUAUGACCUUAUUGCACCUGGUGCCAGAUUGGGCUAUUACAAUGACAAUGUGGCCAAUGGAUAA